GUUAGAAGUACAGCGGAUCUACCGAUAAACGGGAAAAAAUAAUGUCAUCGUUUCACCGGGAGUUUGAGAGCCAGAUAACCCGGUCAGAUAUUAUUUUCUGGAACGAUCGGCAAAGGAAACAACUGAAGAUUUAAGCUUUCAGCUGUAAAUCUUACGGGAGUAAACCAUGUUCAAUCAGGUAAUUUGAGGUGAAAUCUGCUGCCUUGGCUACCUUGACCAUCAGUGGUAUGGCCCCGGCUCUUACCAAAACCUUGAAAGAUGGCCAUGGGAUCCACCUGUCCUCCCCUCCUGCCUCGGUCAGAAUGGACUCAGAUGGAAGAGUCAUGUGUAGUUCUGAGCUGGAAUCUCAGAUGGGCUUAACAGAUGAUGGUGACCUCCAGAAGAUGUGGCUGAACCUUUCCCUGUUCCCCUCUCUGGACCUGUGUCUCCCUCUGAGCCCCCUGGAGUUCCCUGCCAACCCGGUGCUCUCCCCCUGUCUGCAGGCGUCUGCCAAGCAGUGUGAGACCGAGCUCCUCCCCAGCCCGGCCUCCCUCCUCAGCCUCCUCUCCUUCCCUAAAGGCCUGAGAGAUUCUCAUCAGGUGGCCUGCGUCUUCCCAGGUGUACCCGACAUGUUUUUAGUCCCUGUCCCUGAGCACAAUGGCCAAGAGGCUUGUCUGCUGCAUGGUGCUGCUCCUGAAUAUGGGCCAGGUGGUGGUGAUGUGCAGCAUUCCCCUUUUAUGCGGAGUGUUCCUCCUUCUUAUUGCCAUGGAGAGAGUGGCUCCCAGGGCUACACUCCAUACUUUGCACUCCAACCUACACUGUCACAGGGGAGAGUGACUCCAAUGGGCUGUCCUAGUGCAUCUUCAGUGCAGCCUUGCAAUUGCAGGGUGAACUCCGACCAGCUGGCACCGAGAGCUGGGAAGGAGCAGCUCUGCAGGCAGGCAGGGCUGCAAAGCCGAGCUCAGAGGCUGCAGAGGAGACUGCAAGCGCUGCUAGGAGAGCAUGCUUUGCAACACUGUGACCAGCAACUAGAGGGGCUGAAAAAGCAUUGUCAAAUCAGCGGCGUGUCUCUGGACAGCUCAGACUCCUUAAAUUCCUUUAUACUACCUCCACAAGUGGGAAGUGAUCCCUAUUGUUCUUGGCUGGAUUCGCCCACAGCCUCGUUUUCCUUCUCAGAGCUCAGAGAGUUCAGCUGCUCCAGCCAGGCGCUGCUGAGAGGCCUGCAGGAGGCAUUGGACUCUGAGGCCACCGCCAGCAGCAGCUCAGAUGAGGAGGGAGAGGAAGUUAGGAUCCACACUAAAAAGAAAACGUCACCUGUCAGCAGCAGCAGCAGCAGCAGCAGCUGUGAGAGGCGGUGGCUGGAGCAGAGAGCGGAGCUGGGCAGCAGAUGGAGUUGGCUGCAGCUGCGUCUGGCCGAGCUGGAAGGGAGGACACAACAACUGGUGGAGCUCCACAAGCACAUCCGCUCUUGCAAGGGUGGUGUGGUGCUUGCAGAGUCCCAGCCACUGACAGACCGACAGAUUCAGCAGACCCUGCUGAGAGAACUGGCGGGGUUAUCCUGCACGGCCGGAUCAGACGCUGACAAUGAACCCUGCAGCCCCACACGCCUUCUGUACAACAUAGAGAGACAGAGUGCCCAGCUCAGCCAGAUUGUCAACAGUCUGAUGCCUCCUCUCAGCUUUUCACCGCUAUCUAAACAAACAUCCCACACCUGGAGAGGCAAGAAAGCCUUCACAAGUGGUCAGAGAGAAGGCGACAUUUUUGUCCCUGGGAGCUCCAAGAGAAGGAGACUGGGGACCAGGAGGCUCUUCAAAUCGGAUGUGUCAUGCGUGUGUGCCCGCACUCGACCCCUGGUCACCUACCACAAGCCCAAACUGUUUUCUUUCAACACCUGCAACUCCAGCAGUGCAGAGGACUCUGGGAGGUCCACGUGUACUCAUUCCUCUUCUCUCUCAUCACCUUCCUGUUCAUGUUGUUCAUCCUGUGACCCUGUAGUCCUGUGCUCUGACCCCGCCUGCAGCUCCAGCAGGGCACUGUCCUCAAGGACCCCCAGCUCCAACCCUCACCCUGCAGUGUCUCUUUCAUUUGGUACUCCUCAGUCCAAUCAAUCAGAGAAGUCCAGAGAAGAAUGGUCCCUAAGGCCUUUGAUUAUAAAUGUGGAACCAUGCAGUCCAUCACACUACAACAGAUCCAGCUCCACACCACUGCACAACAGUCACAAAUACAAGCAGCGUGCAAGGCAUCAUAAAAGCCGAGUUAUGGGUCUGUCACCUAUCAGGAUGGCAGGCUCUGCUCAGAGUCAACACCGCAGAGCCAACCAGAGGAAAAGGAAGAGAAAACACAACCACAGGCUAUUAGAAGAUGAGAAAGAUGACCUGUACCAGCUCUAUGACCUAGACAGUUCAGAUGAAGUGCUGGAGGACAGCUACACACAGGCGCCACACAAGCAGGCCUCACGGGGCUGUGUUCGCAGACGACAGGGAGAGAGUGUGUACAACAUCAACAACAUUGUCAUCCCCAUGUCCCUGGCUAAAGUGGAGAAGCUGCAGUACAAAGACAUCCUGACACCAAGCUGGCGGGUGGUUGACCCCUUUUCUCUGAACUGUGAAGCAGAGAAAGAGGAGGACAAAGAGGAGGGGCAGGAGGAGGAUAACAAUAACAACGUGGUUGCCCGGAGACACAUGGAAUUAGAGCAGAGAGAGAAGCUGCGCUGGCCAUCAUGGGCGAAAAUAAAAUGCUGCAGACGUCCUAAUAGCAGGUUGUCAGGGGGCGGGAUGUGCACAUCAGGAGAGGAGAGCUCUGCUGAAUUGAGUUGUGCUCAGCUGCUGGAUACUGAUGAACAGCAAAGCCCAGAGGAGUGGCUGCCUCAGACACCCUGGGAGCCACGAGAGUUUCCUCUAGAAAAAGACGAGGAAGACGCCCUACUCUCCGAUAACCUAGAAGAAGUGGCAAGGAGGUCAGAGUGUAACUCUACCCCCACAGCAGCAAAGAACUCCAACUCCCAUCUCUCCCCUGCUUCCUGCUCUGGUAUUACACUGCCGUCUGGUGGACAAAGCCAGAGCAGCUGAGAGAGCAGUGCCUUACUUUAACA